GCUUGCAGAGCAGGAGCCAGUGUGCUGGGGAGGGAUGUUUCGGUCAGCGAACAUCUGGUGAGAAAUGGGAUUUGCCUUCCCAGAUUUUGCAUUCCUCUGCGUACGGCCUACGGGGAGCGUGUGAGUGGAGACUGCUUAGCCCAGGGCUCUGCCUGCAGACUCUCUGACGAUGAAUGGGACGGCCAACGUGAACGUGACUGGCCGGAGCCAUUAUGCGUCUGCUAUCCCAGUGCCCCGCGCUAUGUCUCAGAGCAAGCUGCCCUCGAGGCAGAGCAGCCUGGGGGCCCCCCCUUCCCAGCGGGCGGCAUCACCACGGCCGGGGAAGGCGCCAGGCUGCAUGGGCAGUCCGGCAGCCAAAGGCUCCAAGCCCAAGAGCCUUUCUAAAGCCCCCGUGGAGGCCGAGCCUGGGCCGGAGACACCAGAGGCAUCGGAGGGCAAAAGGGCCGACGGGAUGGAGUCUGGGCUCAGCCAGAGCACUAGGACUCCAGGCAGCAGCCCCCGGGGGGGGCCAAAGGCGACACCUCGAGCGACGGGGGCUCCGAAGAAGGCUCUGGUUCAAGGGACAGAGAGAGAGAAGGAGAGUCCGAAGCCCGGCGAGGCCUACAGCAGCCACAGCACCAAGAAGGGCUCAGGGAAGCUGAGUGGCGCAGCCGAGCUGGCCAAGACCCCUCACUUGCAGGGGAAGAGCCCCUCUCGCUUCAGCCUGUGCAGUGAGUCUGGGCUGCCCAGCGUCCCAGAAGGAUCCAGUGCCAAGAGGCCCCAGAGCUGCCCGGUGAAAGGCCAGUGGGUGUCGGAAGCCCUCUGGAAAGGCAGUGGGGUGCCCAAGGCAGCCAGGGGUGAGGACAAGUCCCCGGGGAUCUCACUGGGCACCAGCAACCCCAUGCAGAAUAAGGAGCCAGCCAUCAGCUUCUCCUCAGUCCCACAGCAAAGUCACCCGGUCACCGCCACCGUGGCACCCUUCCACUACCGGCUGCAGGGAGACAGGGAGAAGAGUGAAUUCUCCCAGGAGAAGCGCGUGGUAGAGGAACCGACCAGCCCUGCAGAUGGGCCUGAGCUGGGCUUCCCAGGCUUGGCCGGCGUGUUAAAUGGUUUCAGCGCAGGCGGGAUGCUUGGCACCAACCUCAAAAGCCUGGAGCUCAGCGGCGAGGGGCCGGAGGAGCUGAAGGGCUACCGGAAAGGGGCCGAGGGCAAGGGCGGCGGCGGCAUGAUGCCCAAGCGGCCCAAAGCGCCCGGGGCGCACGAGCUGCGGGUCUUCAAGUCGGGCAGCGUGGAGAGCCGGCUGCCGCCCGGCCCCAGCCUGCGCAAGCAGAAGUCCCUCACCAACCUGGCCUUCCUCACCGACGCCGAGAAGAAGAUGCAGCUCUACGAGCCCCGCUGGAGCGACGACAUGGCCAAGGCGGCUAAGGGAGGCGGGCGCGGGGGGCUGAAAGCCAAGGAAGCCCCGCUCAUGUCCAAGAGCCUCUCCAAGUCGGAGCACUCCCUCUUCCAAGCCAGGCUCGCCCCCGGCCUGGCCAAGCCGCCGCUGGCCCCGCUCCCGUCCAGCCUCGGCAAGCCCAGCCGCAUCCCCCGCGGGCCCUACGCGGAGGUGAAGCCCCUGAGCACGGCGCCCGAGGCCGGCGGGGUGGAGGACAGCAAAUCCGACGAUGAGAUCCUCUCCAGCAAAGCGAAGGGCCGGGAGAAGCCGCAGCAGGAGCCGGCGCCGGCGCCCGGCCCGGCGGGGAAGGGGCAGGAGGAGCGAGCCUACCUGAAGGUGGACCCGGAGCUCGUGGUGACGGUGCUGGGGGACCUGGAGCAGCUGCUCUUCAGCCAGAUGCUGGACCCCGAGUCCCAGAGGAAGAGGACGGUGCAGAACGUGCUGGAUCUUCGGCAGAAUCUGGAGGAGACCAUGUCCAGCCUGAGAGGCUCCCAGGUGUCUCACAGCUCUUUGGAGAUGACCUGCUACGACAGCGAUGAAGCCAACCCCAGGAGCGUGUCCAGCCUGUCCAACCGCUCCUCCCCCCUGUCCUGGCGCUACGGGCAAUCCAGCCCCCGGCUGCAGGCCGGGGAUGCUCCCUCGGUGGGUGGGAGUUGCCGGUCGGAAGGCACCCCCAGCUGGUACAUGCAUGGCGAGCGGGCGCACUAUUCCCACACCAUGCCUAUGCGCAGCCCCAGCAAGCUGAGCCACAUCUCCCGGCUGGAGCUCGUUGAGUCCCUGGAUGUCGACGACGUGGAUCUGAAGUCUGGGUACAUGAGCGACAGCGACCUGAUGGGGAAGACCCUGACAGAGGACGACGACAUCACCACGGGCUGGGAUGAGAGCAGCUCCAUCAGCAGUGGCCUCAGCGAUGCCUCUGACAACCUCAGCUCGGAAGAGUUCAACGCCAGCUCCUCCCUCAACUCCCUCCCGUCCAGCCCCACGGCUUCCCGGCGGAACUCAGCUAUAGCGCUGCGCACGGACUCGGAGAAGCGCUCGCUGGCCGAGAGCGGGCUGAGCUGGUACAGCGAGGCGGAGGAGAAGGGCCCAAAGAAGCUGGACUACGACAGCGGCAGCCUCAAGAUGGAGCACAGCGCCUCCAAGUGGCGGCGGGAGCGGGCCGAGAGCUGCGACGAGGCCCCCGCCAAGGGGGGGGAGCUGAAGAAGCCCGUCAGCCUGGGCCCACCGGGGUCACUGAAGAAGGGCAAGACGCCACCGGUGGCAGUGACCUCACCCAUCACCCACACAGCCCAGAGCACCCUCAAAGUGGCAGGCAAACCUGAAACUAAAGCCACUGACAAGAGCAAGCUGUCUGUGAAGAACGCGGGCCUGCAGCGCUCUUCCUCAGACGCUGGCCGGGAUCGGAUUGGGGAUGCCAAGAAGCCUCCCUCAGGGCUUACCCGGCCCUCUACCUCUGGCUCCUUCGGAUACAAGAAGCCACCUCCCACCACCGGCACGGCUACGGUGAUGCAGGCGGGCGGCUCAGCCACGCUCGGCAAGAUCCAGAAGAGCUCCGGCAUCCCUGUCAAGCCUGUCAAUGGGAGGAAAACCAGCCUGGAUGUCUCCAAUGCUGGGGAGCCUGGCUUUCUGGCCCCUGGGGCUCGCUCCAACAUCCAGUACCGGAGCCUGCCACGGCCGGCCAAAUCCAGUUCCAUGAGCGUGACGGGCGGGCGUGGCGGGAACCGGCCUGUGAGCAGCAGCAUCGACCCCAGCCUCCUAAGCACCAAGCAAGGGGGCAUCUCGGUGUCACGGCUCAAGGAGCCCUCCAAGAUCGGCACGAGCCGGAGCACGCCGGCCCCAGUGAACCAGACAGACCGUGAGAAGGAGAAAGCCAAAGCCAAGGCCGUGGCCCUGGACUCUGAGUGCGUCUCGCUGAAGAGCAUCGGCUCCCCUGAAAGCACCCCCAAGGCCCAAGCCAGCCACCUGCCUGCUGCCAAAGGGGCCGAGCUGCCCCCAACGCCACUCAGAGCGCCCGCCAAGAGCUACAUAAAGCCCCCUUCCCUGGCCAACUUGGACAAGGUCAACUCCAACAGCCUGGACCUGCCAUCCUCCAGCGACCUGCCCCAGCCCCACGCCAGCAAGCGGCAGGACGUGCACCAGGCGGCCGGGCACGUCACUCCUUGCUUCGCCCCCAGCCCUGCCCCCAUCCUCAACAUCAACUCAGCCAGCUUCUCCCAGGGCCUGGAGCUCAUGAGCGGCUUCAGCGUCCCCAAGGAGGGCAGGAUGUACCCCAAGCUCUCGGGCCUGCACCGCAGCAUGGAGUCUCUGCAGAUGCCAAUCAGCCUGCCCAGUGCCUUUUCCGGGGGCAGCACCACCACCCCUGCCCCUGCUGCCACCCCUCCCGUCAGCACAGAGGAGGAGACCAGCGAGCAGGGCUGGACCGGCAGCCCCAGGGCUGCACAUCUGGACAGCACCAACCGCGACCGGAAUACGCUGCCCAAGAAGGGGCUGAGGUACCAGCUCCAGUCCCAAGAGGAGACCAAGGAGAGGCGUCACUCCCACACGAUCGGAGGGCUCCCGGAGUCGGACGACCCAUCAGAGCUGCCCUCGCCUCCCGCCCUCUCCGUAUCCUUGGCUGGGAAAAGCCCACUCACGAACAUCGUGAGUCCCACUGCUGCCACCACUCCGCGGAUCACCCGUUCCAACAGCAUCCCCACCCACGACUCUGCCUUUGAGCUCUACAGCACCUCCCAGAUGGGCAGCACCCUCUCCCUGGCAGACAGACCCAAGGGCAUGAUCCGCUCGGGCUCCUUCCGGGACCCCGCGGAUGACGUUCAUGGAUCGGUGCUGUCCCUGGCCUCCAGCGCCUCCUCCACCUACUCCUCACAAAUCCGCAAGCUGCGCCGGGAGCUGGAGUCGUCCCAGGAGAAGGUGGCGACCCUGACGUCUCAGCUGUCAGCCAACGCUAACCUGGUGGCGGCCUUCGAGCAGAGCCUGGUGAAUAUGACGUCCCGUCUGCGCCAGCUGGCAGAGACCGCGGAAGAGAAGGACACGGAGCUGCUGGAUCUGCGGGAGACCAUCGACUUCUUGAAGAAGAAGAACUCGGAGGCUCAAGCCGUGAUCCAAGGAGCUCUGAAUGGGACUGACAUCACGCCCAAAGAGCUGCGCAUCAAGAGGCAGAACUCCUCUGACAGCAUCUCCAGCCUCAACAGCAUCACCAGCCACUCCAGCAUCGGCAGCAGCAAGGAUGCCGACGCCAAGAAGAAGAAGAAGAAGAGCUGGGUAUACGAGCUCCGGAGCUCGUUCAACAAGGCCUUCAGCAUCAAGAAAGGCCCGAAGUCAGCUUCCUCCUACUCGGACAUCGAGGAAAUCGCCACCCCCGACUCCUCAGCCCCGUCCUCUCCCAAGCUGCAGCACGGCUCCACUGAGACCGCCUCGCCUUCCAUCAAGUCCUCCAACUCCUCCUCCGUGGGCAUCGAAGCCACUGAGCUCUUCCAGGCCAACGAGGAGGAGGAAGAGCCGGAGAAGAAGGAGGUGUCAGAACUGCGCUCGGAGCUGUGGGAAAAGGAGAUGAAACUGACUGACAUCCGGCUGGAGGCUCUGAACUCGGCCCACCAGCUGGACCAGCUCCGUGAGACCAUGCACAACAUGCAGCUGGAGGUGGAUCUCUUGAAGGCCGAGAACGAUCGGCUCAAGGUGGUCCCAGGGCCUUCGUCAGUGCCAGACUCCAUCCCCGGGCACAUCAGGAGCACAUCUGCCUCCUCGUCCCCACGGCGCUCACUGGGCCUCGCCCUCGCUCAGUCCUUCAGCCCCGGCUUGGCAGAUACAGACCUGUCGCCAAUGGACGCCGUGGGGGCCCAGAAGGACGAGGUGACGCUGCGGAUCGUAGUGCGCAUGCCGCCCCAGCACAUCAUCAAAGGGGACUUAAAGCAGCAGGAAUUCUUCCUGGGCUGCAGCAAGGUGAGCGGGAAGGUGGAUUGGAAGACGUUGGAUGAAGCCGUCUGCCAGGUGUUCAAGGACUACGUCACCAAGAUGGACCCUGCCUCCACGCUGGGGCUGAGCACCGAGUCCGUCCACGGCUACAGCAUCAGCCACGUGAAGAGGGUCCUGGACACGGAGCCCCCGGAGCUGCCCCCCUGCCGGAGGGGCGUGACCAGCAUCGCUGUGGUUCUCAAAGGCCUGAAGGAGAAGUGCGUGGGACAGCCUGGUUUCGAGAACGCCAUCCCAAGCCCAUUUGCAGCACUACAAUCAUGCCUCCUGCUCAAGCACCGGCUCCCGUCAUCCUCUCGGGGCCACCAGUGGCACGGCAAGACCGACCUGACCAACCGCUUGGCCGAGUACCUGUGGAGCGCUCGGCCGGGGAGGUCACCGAGGGCAUUGUCAACAACCUUCAACAUGCACCAGCAGUCGUGCAAGGACCUACAGCUGUACCUCUCCAACCUGGCCAAUCAGAUCGACCGGGAGACAGGCAUCGGGGACGUGCCAUUGGUCAUCCUCCUCGAUGACCUCAGCGAGGCCUGCUCCAUCAGCGAGCUUGUCAAUGGCGCGCUCACCUGCAAAUACCACAAAUGCCCCUACAUCAUCGGGACGACAACCAGCCCUAAGAUGAGCCCAAACCAUGGCCUGCACCUCAGCUUCAGGCUGCUGACUUUCUCGAACAACGUGGAGCCAGCCAAUGGCUUCUUGGUCCGCUACCUGCGCCGGAAGCUGCUUGAGUCGGACAGCGACAUCAACGCCAACAGGAUGGAGCUUCUGCGGGUCCUGGACUGGGUGCCCAAGCUCUGGUACCACCUGCACACCUUCCUGGAGAAGCACAGCACCUCGGACUUCCUCAUCGGCCCCUGCUUCUUCCUGUCCUGUCCCAUCGGGAUUGAGGAUUUCCGGACCUGGUUCAUUGACCUGUGGAAUAACUCCAUCAUUCCCUACCUGCAGGAGGGGGCGAAGGAUGGGAUCAAGGUCCAUGGCCAGAAAGCAGCCUGGGAAGACCCUGUGGAGUGGGUCCGGGACACCCUGCCCUGGCCGUCAGCGCAGCAGGACCAAUCGAAGCUGUACCACCUGCCCCCGCCCAGCGUGGGGCCCCACACCACAGCCUCCCCCCCGGAGGAGCGGACUGUCAAAGACACCACGCCCAGCUCCUUGGACUCCGACCCCCUGAUGGCCAUGUUGCUGAAGCUCCAGGAAGCAGCCAACUACAUAGAGUCUCCAGACCGAGAGACCCUGGUGGAUCCCAACCUGCAGCCGACGCCGUGAGACCGCACCGGAGAGGGGAGCUCACCGCCCUCGGCCGCCAGCAUCCUCGCCAGCUGGUUUUGCUUUUCGUUUGGUCUCCUGGGAGUGCGCGGCCAGGGCUGGAAAGCGGCGGGGACGUGGGCUCUGGCACGUCCCCUUGGGGCAUGGGGGCAGCGGGGCUCAGCCCACGAGAGAGCGCAAGGCACCCGCCUCCCAGCCUGACUCUGGUGGUAGGAGAAUCCUGGUUUCUCUUCUUGGUUUUUUUGUCUCUGUCGCAAACUCCUGGGGGCCAAAUGCAGCCAACGCAGACUCCCCGGCACCAACAGGCAGGCCCCUGCGUGGGGCGGGGACCCCGCAGAACCCCUCCCAGGGUGCGGCUAGGGGGCAGGGAGGAGCAUGCAGCCCCCGAACAAGAGGAUUUUUUUUUUAUUAUUAUUUUAAUGAAACAAUCUGUGGGGCAAAGAGAAGAACAAAGUCCUGAUGGAAGUGUCUGAGUCACGCUGUCAGGGACCCGCCGGGCACCGGGUUCUGCUGUCUCCCGCGCCAGCCACCCCACAAACUCCAGUGCAAGCGAAGGCCUGGAAGGAGGAGCCGGACUCUCAGCUCUGUCUUUGUACAUCCCUUAUUUAAUCUGCAUGACCGUCAUUUAAACCAGGACUUCCUAAUAAACCCUGCUUUGGUUAUAUUCUUUCCCCCUACCCCACCACCCUCCCAUUUGAUUGGGACAGAGUUCAGCUCUUCCUUUGUUCCUCUUUGGGUCUGGUUCUUUUCUCCGCAUUGCUUCGGCCCGAGGAGGAGCGGGCAGCCUUGCGUUGAGUCGAUUUUUUCAUUUCCGUUUGACUCAUUUCUUUUUGUAGCUGUUGGUUUCUUCUCUUUCCCCCCGCCACCCCCCAAGUCACCUCAGCGGUGAGCCUGGUGCUGACUGGAUGCUCUCCAGUAACUGAUUCCCCCCUCGCAGCUCCUGGCAGGCUCAGCGUGGAUUCAGUCAGCAGCAUGAUGCUCACAAAGAAGCACAACUGGCUGGGGGGCGUUCCGCUCCUCACCCCCCACUUUGGGACACCCAUCUUCUAUAAGCACAAGAUGCCCAUAGCUGGGGCCCAGGCCCUGGCAGGGGGAGCUGAGAGACAGGGCUGCUGCAGCCCCUGGCGCCUCAAGUGCGAGGGAGUAGCCAGAGAUGGUGACAAUCUCCUACCAAGCCAGCAGAGCUGGUAGCGUCCGUCCCUCAUGACAGUUCUUGGCUGGCUAGGGUAGAGGGCGACAGGGCACUGAGGUGAGGGGGCUGGCAGAGGAGGCCCUGCCUGUGCCAUGUCUCCAUGUGUGGUUAGCGCAGGCAGAGAUCUCGCUUCACAUCUCCAUGUCCAGCAUAGAGAUCUCAGUAGCACUUAGGAGACAUCUAGACAAGGGGCAGGCAGCACAUGGGCCUCCCUCCUCCAUGCAUGGCAGCAGAGGAACCAGUGAAAGAGCCCACUUCGUCUCCCCCAGCCAACACCCUUAGAAAGCCCUUCCUUUUUCCCUCAGGCUCCAGGACAGGCUGGGAGCGUUGGCUUGGGUCCAUCCAUGGGGUGGGUUCAGUACCACUGGUGGUGCAGUACAUUGCAGGGGUGUCUCAUCUCAGGACUCAUCCCGCAUCUGUCAUCGAUAGCUUUCUGGACAUCAGAAGGCCAUGAAAUAGCCCGAGAUAGCAGCUCUAGCCAUUCAGGCCAGAGGGAACCGUUCUCAUCUCUGCUCAGCACCUACCUAGCACGGGCUAGAGGGCUCCUUCGCCCCCCCCAUUCUUGCAUCCAGCUCACAGCUUGUGUGUGAUGGCUUAGAAAGAGACACCUAGUCUUGAUUUAAAGGCUCCAAGGUCUGGAGAACGUACCCCGGCCCUAGGUGACCAUGGGACUGGGUGAUGUGCAGACACAUCCUCUAGGUAACUACUCCCCCAGGGCCAUUCGUAUACUCAGCGCAGGAGGCCAGUAACUCAUGGCCUGAGGGAUAACUCAGCCCAGCGGGUGCUGUUUCCUAGCAAUCCAGGCAGACUAGCACCUCGGGUUGAGUCUCUGGCAAGCGGCCUGUGGACUUGCUUGGAAUUCAGCCUGAGCUACUCAAGCUGAGCCGCAGGCAAAAGCAUGUCCCUUCCCUCGCCCAGACCCACGCAGGGAGCAGAAGCCCCCAGCUGGGAAGCUGCCCUGCCUCGUGCUGCAGACUGAAUCUGCGCUGCUGACCCUGCAAGCUGUGAAGAUCCAAGCCAAGACCUGCAAAAGAAAUAUGCAAAUGCACAGCCCAAAGAGGUGGCUGUGGAAGGGGGGGGCAACCACGGUGCUGCGAUGCUGCCUUAUUACCUCUGGUGCAGGGGCCGACAGAGCAGCCUGGCGUGUACGAGGCAAGGGCACGUGUUGGCCAAAGCAUUGGGUAUGUGACUGGGCCCCAGCCCAGGAGCGCCAAACGGAGUCAAUGUGUGUAACCAGGGGAGGGAGGGUGGGUGUGUUUAACCCCACUUCUCUGCUGGUGCCUGCGGUGCUCCUGUCCUGCCUAAAUGUUCCACUGAUAUACGCUCAGGGACCGCCGAGGCCUGCACCGCUCUCUGGCGAGCAGGGAGGAAAGCCGAACUGGGAGCUCGGUCCUAGCCCCACCGCGCUCCCUGCUGUGGAGUGCUGGGCUCCGGCUAGCGCUCACCCCAGCUCCCCAUGGGCUGGGCUGGGUCAAUCCCUGUCCGGCUCCAUGACUUGGGGGUGGCUGCUGCUAACAGAGAUGGAUCCUUAGCCUCUGCCCACUGUGGUUUGACGCCGCUGCUGGCCGUGAGCCGGGUCUGGUGAGUGUCCGUAACCAGGCAGUUCUGGAUCAGGGGUCUCAGCCUCCAGGAGACUGUUGGAGCCCAGGACCCUGCUUACACUUCCAGGGGUCCAGGGAUUCCUGCCACCAGCCAAAACUCAUGGUUGGGCUCAAGCAGAUCAUGUAGAGAGACACCCAGUCACGAUUUCAUGGCUCCAAGUGACAGAGAAUCCACCCCGUCCCUACGUGACCGUGGACAUGACCUACAAAUACGUCCUCUAGGCAAACUCCUGGUCCUAUCGUGUUCCACCUGGUGCCACUCACAGCCAGAGCUGCUGCACCAGCCUUGUCUCUUGACAGGUCUGAUCCCAUGGGCCAGCCUUGCCCCACUGCCUACGCUGUCCCAUGCAGAUUGCUGUCUGUGUUGGGGAGGUGGCUAUGGGCACACGCUGGUGAAUAGUGCACGAGUGGAGGAGAGCAGUCGCUCCUCAUCCUGCAGCCUGUUGUGUUGAAUUCACCCUGGUGGCGAUGGAGGGCGGAGGUGUAGGGAAGGGAAACCAGUGCCUAGUGCGGUGGUUACUGGAGCCCCUGUGGAGCUGUCCAGAUGCAGCAGCCUGGCAUCUUGGUGGGGAGGGCAGGGCAGUGGGCUCCUGGCUCGAUGGGCAGCCCCGCAGCGGGGAGCAAGGGCGAACUUUGGUGCUGGUGGCGGUUGGCCACGUGCAGUAACGUGUCACAGGCAGAGUGCAAUCAGCUGCGGCGCCUUCGGCCUGGAGGGGCUGAUGCAGCCGUGGCCACGGUUCUGAAAAGGGCUCUGGCCCCAGUGCCCUGCCUUCCCAAAGGGUGUCUCUGGCAGGAGGCAGGUGCUGCUAUCAUUCCAGUUUGCUUUUGCUCGGUGACAACACAAAACAACACCCAACUUGCCUUUCUCAGUCGCAUGCUAUCUCCGGGUGCAGGGCUUGGGCAGUCUGGCACACGGCACCUGCUGGGUAGGGCCAAGGCCUGUGCACAGAAUCUCUCUGUCCCUGAUGCUCUCUGGGGGCUUAAAACCAACCCAAGAGGCCUUUCGAUGUAAGGAAAAUCUGGCCUGGUGCAAUUCCCCGCCCCCCGCCAGAUGCUAUGUGUGUAGGCGCAGGGGGCGUUCCUGUUGAAAUGCAUCUGUGACCCUCCCAAGGGCAGACCCUUGGACCGGUGCUGCCAGGGAUUUGCAGCAAUGUUCUGUGCAAAUCUAAGGUGCUUGCUUCACUCUCUUGUGUGAUUGUGGACAUGUACACCCUGUCGUAUGUGGGGGUUGCAUGCACAACACUGGGAACUCUGGGGGCUGAAGGGAUAGGUUUGGCUGUAGCAGAAGGUUCCAUUGGCUGGUUUAAUGUGCACAGUCCCCUUGGUGAUUGUCUUGGGCGCUGGUUUUUGUUACUCUUGGCUCUGAUCUCACCUGGAUCUGCCGAUGUUAGGGGCCAGCCCCUUGACUGAUGGAAAUCGGUCCAGCCGCAUUGGAGCAUUGCUGCAGUUCUUUGCGCCAGCCAAGGGUCCAGUGGCAGGGGGGAAGCGACACGGGCACAGAUGAUGUCCGUGGCUUUUAACAAUGGUGAUAGAAUCAGUGUGGACAGAGAUGGGGAAAGGCCUGGGGUGUCUCAUCUAGUCUAUCCCGCAGGCCCUGUUCUCUAGAGCUUUGUUCCGUGAUCUUAAAUGACUCAAGCAAUGGUCUAGCCACCUCUGCCCCAGGGCUACCGUUCCACACUGUUCCCUCUUGCUGCUGAGAAACUUACUUUUGCUCAAAGCUCCCACAGGACCAACCCACGUGAUUCCUCCUCUUCCAUGGGCUCAGCACCUUUCCCAGAGUCGCAGGCAAUUGGAAGGGCCUCGCUUUGGCUUAGCCACCACUUAGUAAAGCUAUUAAUACUGAGUUCUCUUCAUUCUUCCCCUACUGUUCAUCUCUCCAGCUCCAUUCUCACCAGAGUUGAUCUUCUCUCAAUCCCCUUGCUUUGCUAUUAACACUGACGUUAUAGGAGCAGCCAGAGAGCCAUUCAGGACUGGGGCUUGUGUGCGCUUGUACAAACUCUCAGCAAGAUCGAGGUCAAGAGCCUCAAAGGUAUUUCGGUGCCUGACUCCCAUUGGGUUCUGGGCCAGGUUGAAGAAAAAUUGUUGGCAUCUUUCUGCCUAACACAGAACCCAAGAUCCAACCCCACCACCACCACCACCACGUACAUGUUUGGAUUCAGAGCUGGAGUCACAUUGGGCAGCUGGGCCGUGUCUCAUGGGGAGGUGCUGUAUUCUGGGCCCAGGCUGUCCCGUGUUGUGAUGUAGAUGCCACUCUGAUCCAGCAUGGUUUUCAGUGUUUGGCAGCACAGGUGGCUGGGUAAUUAAAUCCCCACUGGAAUCCAGUGAUCCCACCCAGAGGUUUCUUUUACAAUCUUUCAACAAGGAGUCCGGUGGCACCUUAAAGACUAACAGAUUUAUUUGAGCAUAAGCUUUCAUGGGUAAAAACCUCACUUCUUCAGAUGCAUGGUUUUUACCCACAAAAGCUUAUGCUCAAAUAAAUCUAUUAGCCUUUAAGGUGCUUCCGGCCUCCUCAUUGUUUUUGUGGUUACAGACUAACACGGCUACCCCCUGAUAUUUUACACUCUUUGUGGCUUCUGUUUUGGAGACUUGGGUUUGAAGGCGCUCAGCAGCUGUCACUCUUGCGGGGACACACCUGACUAGGCCAAGACUCUCCCAGGUGCAUAGGCACCUUGUCCCCAUUUCAUUUCAGUGGGCUGGAGGCACUUGAAUCCCUUUUGAUUCAAGGCCUUAAUUUCUUGCCCAACCCCACACAAUUUCACCCUCCUCAUCGUGGCCAGGCAUCCCUGUCAGUGCACCAGCGCUGGACUGGGUAUGGCCCAGUUGGGUGGCAGGGUCCUAGCUGCAUUCUGUAGGGUUUGAAUCAACCCUUGGCAUGCUGGCAUCCAGAUUUGAGCCAGCCAGCAGGUGGCACGCUCCCAUUCCUGGCGAGGAAGGAAGAGCCAAGAGGUAGCGUAUUAAACCAGCCAAGCCACCAAGGGUAGGAAUGCAGCAGCUGCAUGGCACGGGCGGCUUCUCCGCCAAUGCGUCUCUACAGGAUAAGCCCUGGUCCUUGUCUGUCCGCUCUGUAUCCAUAUGAGCCGGGUGCUUUGCACAGUGAUUUACCUGGACUCGACACUGGGGUUUUCUCUCGUUUGCCUUUUCUGUUCACUCUGUAGGAUAAGGACACGCUGUAAAUAGCACUGUACCCGGAGGCCCCGAGUGAGUUGGACGGGGCCUGGCCCUGCCUGUCUGUCCCUUUUUGUAUUAUGUGUGGAUAACUGUGCUGUGCUGACUCAUGUUUCUGAUUGUAUGAGACACCUGCCCAGCAAUCGCUAUAGGGCAGUAGCAAGGACGGGGCAGGGGGCCACGAGCCCUGCCCCAUCAGACUGGGACUGCCCCCCCACCUGCCCCCUUGCAUGGGCUGCAGGAACAGCGGUGCUAGAGGGGGCAGCACAGGGGACAGGAGGGCUUCAGGGGCCUGAUGCUGAGAGCUCGUGGGGGGAGAGGCCCAUUUCUGACAGGCUACGGAUGGGUGUUUAAAAGGAGCCUAAGGGCAUGAGCCCCCCAGCUCCCCUUCAACUGCAUCUGGGUGCCUCACUCCCGGAGCCCUUGGCUGUUGCCCAUAGUCCAGCUCUGUCCCUAGGAGCAGCCCUUGCCCAUCCACUAUGGAGCUUUCUAGGCCAUCGCUAGGAAGUGGCCAAGUGCUUCGGACAGGCAGAGGGUUGGGGCUGGAAUAAAGACCCACCCAGAGUUGGAACCAACUGUUUUCUCUGCCCCGCCUCCCCCCCAGCUAUGGUUUCCAUUCUGAAUUCAAGUUAGGCUCCCCUGCCUUCUCCCCACCCCCGCCAGGCACCCCAUAAUCAAGGGAGCUCGGCGCUCGAUGUAGGGAGAGCAAUGGCGCGCUGUCCACUCACGCCUGCUGGGCAAGGCCCGAAGGCCUGAGCUGACCCUCUCGAGGGAGGAUUUUAAAGAAACAGGUUCAAGUCCUCACUUUUACCAGGGGGAGAGGGGGUUGACUUUAAUGGCAUUACUCCUGAUUUACACCAGAGUGAGCAAGAGGGGAAUUGGGCCCAGCGGGGUUACUCCUGAAAUACAAGGGGGGGGGUGAGAGGGGAACUGGGCCCGCAGAGCUAUGGUAUACAAGACUAGCCUCAGCAAGGAGGGAUGCUAGGUUGGAGACGCCAAAGUGCUAAUUACAUUUUACUGGCCAGCUCCUCAGCUGUUGCAGGUCAGCAGACGUGGACUUCAGUGGAGCGCUGCCCAUUUACACUCGCUGAGGAUCUGGCCCUGCAUCUGGGCAGAGCAGGGGAGAGAGGACACCCAUGAGAGCAAACGCACCCCAGGGCAUGAUACUCCAGCCCUGCAGAGAGGGGGUCAGUGCUGGCUGCCUCCUUUAGCCUGCAGGGGACAGAGUGGUGGGAAUGUGGGGCCAGCCUUUGACGCUGUCCUAAUUUCAGCCCCUGCUUUGCAAAAAACAAUAUGGGGGAGGAGAUUGUGGGAAUUCCACCCAUCAGUCCAUGAGGAAGCCAAAGGGAGAUAGUGGCUGGUUCCUCCGGGCUCCGCCUGGAGCAUUGGUGCUAAGAUACCCAGGGCACUGGUGCCUGUGGAAGGCCGGAGUGAGGCUGUUGGAAAAGCUGACAAUUGCACUAAUUCAUCCAACCAUUGGCCAACCUGACCUCCCUUCCCCACCUCCCCUGCCAAAGACAUUGAUUAACCUUUCCUUCUGCUCUUCCCCCCUGUGAGCCCAAGCCUGGGCUUCACUACAUCCGGGGCUGAAUUUAGGAUUCCUCCAAAGUCUUGUGUCUCCCUGGCCCAUUAGCAACUGCUGACGGGUGGCCUAAACCUUACGGGUUUAGUUUUUUUUCUAUUAAAAACAAACAAACCUUUUUUUUAUUGAAUUAAAAAAAAACCUGAAAUGGAUGAAUUCCUGUUUCAGAUGAGCUGUGUAAUUGAUGAGGUUCUGUGUUUCUGAACUGCAUGGUAUUCCUGCUGAGGGGGUUUUAUAGCACUUUUUAAAUUUCUCUUAAGAUUUUGGUCCAAAUUUCUACUGCUUCUCUCUCUCUCCUGUCUUUCUUUGCUUUCUUCUUUCCUUCUUGAAGAGAUUCUUUGUAGACUUGCUCCAUUUUAUACCUGAUGUAGACACGACAAAAACCGCGAGUCAGACAUUGUACAUAGCUGCAGAAACAAUCAUGGGACACCAACAUGAGCUGGACUGUUUCCAAGAUGAAUCGUUUUUACUUAAGUUUAAAAAUUU